CGUACAAUAGAUCCUUGUGGUCCAGUCCUUCCCCGAACAUCGGGCUGCCCAACAACAACAUGGUAAAAAAAAAAAAAAACUUCCUUGACUCCCUUAAUAAUAUUAGAUAGUUUCACAUAAAUUGAGAUGAAGGGACGUAAUUAUUUUGUGUUCUUCUAACUAUAUCUUUCAACAGGUGAUUUAGUGGUUUGUCCAGAAGGAACUACAUGCAGGGAACCAUAUCUAUUGAGGUUCAGUUCGUUGUUUGUUGAGUUAACUGAUGAGAUUGUACCAGUGGCUGUGAACACAAAUGUGACAAUGUUUUAUGGAAAUACUGCUAGUGGAUUCAAGUGCUUGGACCCAGUCUUUUUCUUAAUGAAUCCCAGGCCUAGUUGCACUAUUAAGAUACUUGUGAAGGUGCCUAAAGAGCUAACAUGCGCUGGUGUGAAGUCUAGAAAUAAAAAUAAAGGGCAGUCCGGUGCAUUAAGCUUUCGUUAUGCAAAGGGUCUGGGGAAGGGCCGGACCACAAGGGUCUAUUGUACGCAGUCUUACCCUGUAUUUCUGCAAAAGGCUGUUUCUACGACUCAAACCCGUAACCUCCUUGUCACAUGGCAGGGUGGGAAGUCUGCACAUGAGGUGGCUAAUUACAUACAGAGACAAUUGGCUGAUGCAUUGGGUUUUGAGUGCACUAAUUUUACAAGAAGGGACAAGUAUUUGAUGCUAGCUGGAAAUGAAGGCCUAGUUAAGCAGAAUCCCUGAUUAGUUGUUCUCAACUUAUAGCAAAUGUGAGUUCAAGAAUCAAAAUCUAUAAGUAUGGUUCGG